UUGCAGCACCGGCUACGCCGUGAAGGGAAGAGAAAGCACGUGGGUGUGAUCUCCUUACACCCUGCUGUGCGCUCCAUGCUGGAGAGUGACGAGGAUUUGAUGCGCUUCAUUCAGCCCAAGCACAAACCAAUGAUUAUCCCUCCCGACCCCUGGAGACCCUGUGGCCUUGGACCUCAAGGUCCAUAUUUGAUUCAUCCCGUGGAGUUCGUGAGAACAACGGAUCAAAAGAUGACGUGCUUGCGAAGUUACAAUCCCACUCGUGUCGCCGGUGUCAUGGACUUCCUCGGGCGAAUGCCGU